AUGAAGACCGUCGAUUAUGAAAAGAUGUUCUUAGAACAAAAGAUUGCGAUCACCAAAGAUCAGGAGGCAAUCGCCUAUGCUUACGCUAAUUCAGCACAGGUUCACGAGAUCGCGGGCGAUAACUACGAAAAAAUGAUUAGCGGAAUGCUGUAUUUUUCAUUCACUGAUGAUCUCGUCAGGUUCAGAGACAACGUAAACGAACUGACGCAGGAUUACAUGCAAAUUAGAUACCGUCAUUACAAGUCGAAUGCCGAGUUUCAGAAGGCGCGAGCAGACCAUUUGGCGAAGAUCUUUGGAAAAAUAGGCGAGAACGUUUUCGUUGAAGGACCUAUCUUUACUGACUAUGGAUGUAACACCUUCAUAGGCGAUGAUACGUUUAUCAACUACAACUUCACACCCGUUGAUGUUGCUCUCAUCAAGAUCGGCAACAGCUGUCUUAUUGGACCCAACGUGGUGAUAUGUACUGCUACCCACCCAACCAACUCUGACCUCAGAUCUAGCGGGCUCGAAAACGGAAGGGCUAUCACUAUAGAAGAUAAGGUCUGGCUGGGUGCCAGUGUGACGAUUUUGCCGGGUGUUACUAUUGGAAAGGGCAGUGUGAUCGGGGCAGGUUCCGUGGUCAAUAAGGACAUUCCUCCAUACUCGAUUGUGGUUGGAGUUCCUGCCAAAGUUAUUAGACAAAUCGAUCCUGAAGACCCCGACUUUGACAAAGAUGGAGCCUGGGAAUAUGCUACUAAUUUGUAG